UGGAGAUCACUGUGUAAGAGUUUACUUGAAGAGUUUAACAAAAGUUCACAAAAGGCAUGACAAACUUCUACAGAGUGUGGUGCAUUAUUAUCUAUACUUAUUUAGGGGAAUAAUAAAAUUAAUAAAAAUUAACAGCGUCCGCAUAGAAUAAAUCAUUUAUCAUGAAAUCCUCGAGCAAACGAGAGGACUGCGGAUAUGGUUGGGUGGUGGUGGCGGCGGCCUUCGCUAUCAACUUCCUCGUGGAUGGCCUCCAAUUCUCGUCCGGUGUGCUUCUAGUGGAGUUCCUUGAUCACUUCAAGCAGUCGCACGGAAUGACGGCCUUCAUUGGAGCGCUCCAGUCGGCCAUGAUGCACCUUAUUGGCCCUUUGGCCGCGAUCCUGACGGUUCGAUUAGGAGUCCGGGUGGUGACGGUAGCGGGUGCCGUGGUGAGCUGUGUGGGCCUAGCCGCCAGUUUCUUCGCUACCACAGUGACGCACCUCACACUUACAAUGGGUGCUAUUGGCGGGGCGGGAUUAGGUUUGAUGAGCCUUCCUCCUGGUGCGCUCGUCGUCCAGUACUUUACCGAGCGAAGGGCCCUCGCUAACGGCAUCGCUGUAUGCGGUUCUGGCGUGGGCACGUUUGUUUUUAACAACGUGAUGUUCGUGCUAAUAUCGGAGUUCACUUGGCGCGGGGCGGUGCUCGUGGCGGCCGGUGCCGCUUUGAACGGGGCUGUCUUCGGCCUCCUGCUACGGCCUUUACCCGGAGGAACGCCUACCAGGACGGCUGUAAACACGGACGGCAAGAUUGUGAAAAUAAGUUCACCCGGAGAAAUCCCUUUCAGCGCGGUUGUGAGAACGGACGGCAGGACUGCAAUAGUUAAUGAAGUGGGAGAAAAUUUUGAAACAGUUAAACUGUCUGCUGAGAAAGAGACUGUUGUUGAGGCAUUGACUACUCGACAUUUACUUAAGGACAGUCGGCUACUGCUGUUUAUGGCUUUCAGCUUCAUGAUUAGUCUUGGUUUCUUUAUUCCAUUUUCUUUCAUACCGGAUGAAGCAGUGAACACGGGUAUGUCAAAAUACCAGGCAAUUUGGCUAAUGUCCUCAAUAGGAAUUUCUAACACGGUGAGUCGAAUACUUAUUGGUUGGAUCGGAGACCGGAAUUGUGUCAACAGACCAGUCAUGUUAGUUGCCGUGGUAGCGAACGCAGGGUUGUCCAUCGCGGCUGUCCCCUUCCUCCCUUCUUUUGCAGCAAAGCUCUUCAUUGUUGCUGCGGUUGGCUUUUUCUUAGGUGGGUUUAUGAUGUUGUUCGCGGUCGUUCUUGCUGACAUGUUCGGCGAUGAGGUCCUUACCCGUUCAAUUGGUCUCUCUUAUUUCACUAUUGGUCUCGCUUGCUUCGUUGCUGGGCCGAAAGGAGGCCUGCUGUUUGACAUGACCGGAAACUACAAGGCGACCUUCCUUGUUGCAGGCAGUGAGUGUCUCCUGGCUGCAGCGCUCCUCGCGGCCGCCAUCUCCCUCCACCGGAAGUCUUAUGUUAUGGAAAGUGUUCGUGACCCCUCUGGGAAAAGUGGUGGGUUGGAAAGCCAGGGAAAAGACAAGCAAGCCAAGUAAAGUCAAGUCACAUUUAUGUAGUAAUUUAAGGCCACCGGCCAAUUAUAGAAAAAUAUGUUAACAUCAAUGUCGUACAAUAAUAGCAUCGCCUUUUUUAUCUUAACAAUAGUAUGUAGAGACCUUUCAACGUUUAGUAAGAUACAUGGAUGAAUUGGCAUUUCUUUAAUAAUUUGGCAUGAAGGUUUGCUAUAGAAUACUUCCACCAAAGAAUUGUCUAGGUAAAUUAUCGUAUUAUAUCGUAUUUUUUGCAUUCAAUGCAAACAUGGUACUCAUCCUUAACUUCAUAUAUAACUCAGCGAAGCAAAAACAGUGACUAGAACCUCUAUAUUUUGCAAAGAUUUGUAUCUAAUGAAAGUUUUAAAGUAUCGAAAAUGAUAAUAAUAUGAAAUAAAUGAAAAUAAUAAUCUUAAAAAUGCUGCCUCUUUUGAUGACAGUAGGGAAUUGGUUCUUGAAAAAAAUAAAUGAAUAAAUAAGUGGUUUCGAAUUUGAAGACAAGUAUGUAAAUAAAAUAUUGAGAAUUUGAACAGGAAAACAAGUGUUAGCCAGUCCCUUUUUAACAUAAACUAUUGCACAACAGAUAGGGACUUAUUGCCCUCUCGGAGUAACUAAAUCCACGUCUUAAAGAAUGGUUAAAGACCUCAGAGCCAUACAAGGCCUCUUUCAUAUUGUAUGCAUACCUUGCAUUCCAUAAUGGCAGUUUCAGCCAGUCGAGCUAUCUAACCUAACCGAUUCGAUGGAGUACUUCAGUGGAGUAUUUGUUUAUUUGUGCAUCACAGAUUACAAGAACACACUUGUUUUUAUAAUUCUCAGGCCAAUAGGUCAGCAUUGGAAACUCGAAUAGCUCAAAUUAGUUAGGUGUGGAAGCUCUACUGGCCAAAACUGAAAUCCAAAUAUCAGGUACAUGUAACUGUAAUCUGAUGUUGUUGAAUGCCUGUCUCCAAAAUGUUAUUUGCUGAACUCAAGUUCAUGUUAUAUAUCAUAUUAAAUGAAUACUUUCAUGAAUAGUCUAGUACGAUAUAUAUCUAACUGAAUCUGAACAUCCUGGCCAUUGUGCAAAAUAUAUGAGCCUAUCCCGAAGAUUACAUGAGAUGGCCAAGUUGCUUCGAUUUUAUUUAACUAGCAUAGCGACGAGUUGUAAUACUUAUCGAAUUUAUUUCAAUAAUCUGUUAAUUUAAAAAUAAAUAUAAAGUUGUUUUAUUGGUUAUACACCUCAUGUCUGUAAACUCUUUUGGAAUUGAGUGUAUGAAUAAACUUUGAGACUUUGUUAUACACCCUCGUUACAUUGAACAUUAUUUGGUCUUAUGUUGAUGCAAAAAGCUUUUGUUAGUUUCUAUUUCAAUUAAUGUUAAUUCACUUUCACUUAGAUGUCUAUAUAAAUAAUACUGAUUUCACUUGAUGUUAUAUUAUACUGUUAAUGAUAUGUAUGUAAAAUAUGUA